UAACCCAAGAACAACAGCAAACACAGAUGGUGUGAAGAUAGUCUGGUAGAUAAGAAAAUACAUUUAUUUAAGAAAACCAGAAGAUAUGUAAAAUUAAGAUAUGAGAAGAAACACUGAUCCUAAAUAAAUAUUGAAUGCAAAUAAAGGAUAAGCAGCACUGCGGAAUUCUCCCACAUAUAAGAAUUCUUGUAAAUUAGAAGAUAAGCAUUUUUGUAAAACUAUAACAUGAUAGUAAUAAAGGAUAAGCAGCACUGUGGAAUUUUCCCACAGAUAAGAAUUUUUGUAAAUUAGAAGAUAAGCAUUUUUGUAAAACUAUAAAAGCAAGAAAAUCUUUGAAAUAAAGACACACAUUUUUCUGACACUCUAAAGAGCCGGUCGUAUAAAAUUGUUUUCAUAAUUGGCUCAGUCGGUAAACGUCUGACAUAAUCUUAAGAUUGGUCAAACGGGUCGCUCGGAUUUUCCGAAGAAAAUCCACACAUAACAAAAAGAAAAAAAAAAAAAUCAAUUUUAAAAAUAAAAAUAAGGCGUUUCCGAGGCCUUAAAACAGUUUAAAAAAAAAAAAAAAAAACAGAGAAGAAAAACAUUACCAUGGCAACUGUUAACAGCUCCGAGCUUCUGAAGGAAGCUUCGAGAAUAAGGCCAUUCAACGGAAGUGAUGGUUACGACCUAUCCUCAUUUAUAAGAGAAGUAGAUGCCAUACUCCGCCCCUUUAACGAUAACCCAUCGUUAAAGGAAUUCGUUAUUCAACGCUACGUACUAACGAAAGUAAAUGGAGACGCCCUGAAGGUAGUCCAACCUUUAGGAAGCACGCCGAUGUGGGACGACGUAAAGGAGGAACUCAUCCGGAACUUCGGGGUAAAGGAGAGCUACAGGAGUCUGUACCACCAGGCCAUCAACGUUAAGCACUACAAUAUCAACUGGACACUAAUAUUUUUGAUACUAAUGACAAUGGCUCCAACGGCAACGUCCAUUUUAAGCAUCCAACCGAUUCAUGAAAACAGCGGAUAUGUGGAAAUUAGUACAUCCAAAACGGAAAUUGUAGUUUCAUCAGAAUUUAUAAUACACGCCAUAGACCCUUAUGAAAUUUUAUAUUUAAUUAACAACAUGACUUUUAAUACAAAUCUCUUGAGGCCAUUACAUCGCGAUUUACUUAGGAAUGAACUCUUAAUCCUUAAAACAAAAGUCAAAACCUUAAUACCUAAAUCUAGUGGGAAUAGGCAUAAAAGAGGAUUAUUUAAUUUGGUUGGGACAAUGAAUAAAUAUUUAUUUGGAACAAUGGAUGACAUAGAUGGAAAGGAUAUUGGGGAUCACUUAAAGUUUAUUGAUCAAAAUAUGCACAAUUCUAUUACAACCUUAAACCAACAAGCACAUCCUAUUGUUCACAACACAUCUGGAAAACCACGCCACUUCUACGAACACAAGAAGAUGGAGAAAUCAGACAAGCAGACGAAACAACAACAAGCAUGCAUACGCAGCGGUAAAACCACGCCACAGCCAGCAACAUACGCAGUCCCAACAACACACGCCAUCCCAACGCAACAUGUUGCGAAUGUGUUAGCACGCAGCACAGGCUUGGUGGGGAGUUAG